AUGCUGGAGUUGCCCAACUCUGGCUUAAAGUUAGCAUCGACAUUUUUUUUCCCUCAAAAAUUUUCUUUUAUUCGGUCGAUAUCCAAGAUGAGUUCAUCCGAAACAGCCGUAUUUGGUCAUAGUAAUCCCGAUACUGAUGCAAUCGCAUCAGCAAUUGUCUAUGCUACAUUUUUAAAUCGUAUGGGCGUUAAAGCAAAACCAUACCGCCUUGCUGAUGUUAAUAAUGAAACAACGUUUGUGUUACAUGAAGCUAAUGUGGAACAACCCGAUUUCGUUGGAGAUCUUCCAGAUGGUACCGAAGUUGCUUUAGUUGACCAUAAUGAAAGUCAGCAAAGUGUACAAAAUAUUAAAAAAUUGAAAAUAACUCGUGUUGUGGAUCAUCAUAAAUUAGGGGAUUUAACUACAUCUUCACCGAUUUUUAUUCGAAUGGAACCUGUUGGUUGUACCGGAACCAUAUUGGCGAAAUUAUUUCGUGAAAAUGAUUUAGAUAUUGAUAAAUCAACGGCUCGUUUACUAGUUAGUUCAAUAUUAAGUGAUACACUGCAUUUUCGUAGUACAACAACAUCAGAUGAUGAUCGAAAAUUACUCGAUUAUUUAACGCCAAUAGCUGAAAUAAAAGAUGUGAAAGAUUAUGCAUUGAAAAUGUUUGAAGCUAAAUCCGACAUAAGCAAUAUGUCACCCGAUAAAAUUUUAAAAUUAGAUUAUAAAAUAUUCCCAUUUGAUAACGAAAAAUGGGCUAUCGGUGUGAUAGAAACAACGAAUCCAAAACAUGCACUUGAUCGUAAACAAGAAUUAUUAGAUGAAAUUAAUAAAGAGAAAAAAGAAUCUCAACUUAACGGUCUAUUGUUUUCAGUUAUUGAUAUAUUGAAAGAGACGAAUUUGACAUUUGCUGUCAGUGAUCGUGAAAAUGAAAUUCUCAAAGAAGUAUUUAAUGCAGAUGUUAAAGAUAACGUAGCUGAUCUUGGAAAUAGAAUUAGUCGAAAAAAACAAAUUGUACCAGAUUUAGAAGCCUAUUUGAAUGAACGACGAGCCAUGCAUGAUAAAUAA